AUGCCAUUCUUCCUCAAGAAGCGCAAGAGCAGGUUCUCGCUCGGCUCUUCCGGCUCCUCUGAUGCUUCUUUCCGCGCCAACAUAACCUUGCCUACCGCCUCGCCGACUGUGACCUCUUACGACAGCAGUAUCAGCAGCGAAGGACGGCCGCCGCACACCCGCCUUGUUCAGCUGCCGGCUGAAGCGUAUUCUGGCGACUCGCGAAGGAGCGCACAGUACGCUCCAAGCGAUCUGGCUUUCAGCGGUCUGCGGGUAGACCAGAAGUUGCGGGUGAUUGUGGUCGGAACAGGAUUCGCCGGCCUGUCCGCUGCGAUAGCCUGCGCACGGCAAGGCUUCGCAGUGACCGUCCUGGAACGCUCCUCCGGCAUCUCUCCUCACGGCGACUCGAUCCUGUUCGGCUCGAAUGCGAGCAAAAUGUUGAUGCGAUGGGGUGUAGGCAAGGAAAUGUAUGCACAAGCGGCGAGUAAGGGCGGGUGGUGGCUGUUCAAAGACAAGGAGGGCGAGAGGAUCUGGGAGGAGAACGUCUGCGAGUUCGCCCCCAAAUACUGCGCGCCGAUCUUGCAAGGUCGACGAGCCGCCUUCCUCGGAUCCCUCGGCGUCGAAGCGCGAUUGCUAGGUGUACAGAUCCGCCUCAACUCAGAGGUCGUGAAGUACUGGGACGCGGAGGAUAAGCCUGCAGUGGUUUUGCGGAGCGGAGAAGUCGUGCCAGGCGAUGUCGUCAUCGCCGCCGACGGCGUACACUCGGUCGCUCGGAAGCUUCUCGCGCCUCGUGACCGACUCGAAAAGCAGCGAAAACCGUCGGGCUACUCAAUCCACCGUUCCGCCAUCUCUGCCGAAGCGGUGGCGCAGGACCCGCUCGUCUCGCACUUGCUCGACGGCCAGAUCCGCACUUGGCUUGGUCCCGACAGCCAUGUCUGCCUCUACCCGAUGGACAACAGCCGCUCUCUCGCUUUCACCUUCACCCAGCGCGACGCCGGCCACUCCGCCUCGCUCGACUGGCGAGACCGCAAGCCUAUCGACGAAGUCCUCGCGUCCUUACACGACUGGGAUCCGGUACUGCGGCGCGCUGUCGGGUACUUUCCGAGCUCGCUGCACUGGGCCAUCUUGGAUGAACCGCCGGAGGAAGAGUGGAUCAGCGAGGGCGGAAAGAUCUGCUUCGUCGGCGACUCGGUUCACGGCAUGAUGCCCACCUCCUUUCAAGGCGGCUCGCAGGCAGUCGAAGACGGAGCAACGAUUGCUUUGUGCCUGGCGCUUGCGGGAGGGGACGCCGAUGGUGUUGGACUGGCGCUCGAGACCUUUCAGCGGAUGAGGAGAGCGCGAGUCGAGGGGGCGCAGGCGCUUGGUCGGAAGCAACAAGACGCCUGGCACCGCUACACCACGACUUCGCCUCGCCCGCCUCCAGCCUCGCUCCGCCCUCUCUCCUUCGACCUUUACGACCACGACGCCGAAGUCUUCGCCAUUUCGCAUUUCGUACGAUACUCUCGCCAGAUAGAUUCGACUUUCCACUGCCAGCGGACUUGGCUAGAGGUGGCGGCGAAGAAGGCUGGUCUGCGGGUGGUAACGAAGAACUAG